UUUGUGAAAAAAAAAACAAAAAAAAUCAGCCAAAAAAAAAAGGUCAUUUAUAAAUAAGGCGCCUCCCGUCAGGCAUUCCUUGUUUGAAGAAAGGACGCCAGCAUGAGAGUACUCUUGCUAUUGUUGGUGGGCACCUGCGCUGUUGUUGCAGCCACAGACUCUGUGGUAUGCUACUUCAGUUCGUGGGCGCGGUACAGACCGGGAGAUGGGAUGUUCGACGUAGACAACAUUGACCCCUUCCUGUGCACCCACAUCAUCUUCGCCUUCACCGGGCUGAGUAACCACACAUGGGAAAUAGAGGUUCUCGACCCUUGGAAUGAGCUGUGUCCUGAUGAACCAGGAGGUCACUACUGUGCCUUCGAGAGGACUGUGCAGUUGAAGAGGUACAACCCAGACCUCAAGGUCAUCAUAGCUAUUGGAGGAUGGAAUGAGGGCUCGGAGGAUUACUCUGUGAUGGCAGCCGAUCAUCAAAAGCGAUCAGUUUUCGUCACAAGUGUGCUGAGACUCAUCCGGAAAUACGGUUUCGAUGGACUGGACUUUGACUGGGAGUAUCCCAGCUCGAGAGGAGGAGCCCCGCAUGACAGAGAGAAUUUCGUCAUUCUUUCGAGAGAACUGAGGAAGGAGUUUGACAAAUACAACCCACCUUUACUACUCACGGGAGCCUUCGCAGCAGGAAAGGACAAGAUCGACAUUGCCUACGACGUUCCUGCUCUAGUGGACGCCUACGAUUUUUUCCACAUCAUGGCCUAUGAUUACCACGGGGCCUUUGAGCACUUCACGCACCACAAUGCCCCACUUUGCGGCCACCCACUCGACGAGCAAUACGAACUGUUCCCCUAUUACAACGUGAUGUACACCAUGGAGUAUUACCUGUCUCUGGGAUUACCCAGAGAGAAGAUGGUCUUGGGAACAGCUACUUACGGAAGGUGUUACACACUCGAUAACUACAACGACAACGGGUUCUGGGCGCCUGCUUCGAAACCAGGCGCAGCUGGCCCUUACAUCAGGAUUCCUGGGACGCUCGGAUUUAAUGAGAUCUGUGAGAGAAUCAGGGACGACAAGAGCUGCACGGUUGUCCGGGACCCAGAUAUGUACGAGCCUUACUUCUACUGCAUGAGUGACUGGAUUUGGUGCGGCUUCGAUGACGCAGAGUCCCUUCGUCUCAAGGCGAGACAGGCGAAGAACAAAGGUCUGGCUGGCAUCAUGGUUUGGCAGAUAGACACCGACGACUUCCGGCCCCGGUGUUACGACGAGCCUUUCCAUCUGAUCAAGACCAUGAAGGAGGCCUUUGCAGAGCCCGCUGGCACUGAUAUAGUGGACUGCAGUCAUCGGCGAACAACAACCCCAGAACCUACAACUACUCCCACAACAACAACUACACCCACAACAACUCCCACAACUACCACGACGACAACAACUACCACGACGACAACUACACCCACAACAACAACUACAUCCACAACGACAACAACACCCACAACAACAACAACAACAACACCCACAACAACAACAACUACACCCACAACUACUACCCCAACAACAACAACCACUCCCACAACUACAACUCCAACGACGACACCCUUCAUCAUCAAAACGACAACAGAUGGGGGAGACUACGGAAGACCCGACUGCUCAAAUCACCCAGAAGGCACCACCUUCCGGCACUAUGACUGCAACAAGUACUGGGAAUGCAUCAACAAGAACGCUAUGCUGAUGCCCUGUGGGCCCGGCACUCUCUACGACGAGUCUCUCAAAAUCUGCAACUGGGAGAGCCAAGUCGAUACCAGCGAUUGCAGGCAGUGGGCCUGCGAUCUCGACAACACUUAUUACCCGGCCGUUGACUGCGACAAGUACUACAGGUGCUAUAACGGAGCCGGGCAUCUCAUGACGUGCCCGACUGGAGAAUAUUGGAACCAGAACCUGGGGUCGUGUGACUUCGCCUCCCGCGUCGACACCUCGAGAUGCAACAUCCCAUAAAUCAGAGGGGUACAUCCAAAGACUCGAGAAAUAAUUAUCAUUAUUAUUAUCAAUUUCCCGAGUUGCAUUUUACUAAAGUAAAUUCAACUAAACCUAGUUUUAUUAACUGAAAAAUACAACUGAUAUAAAGAUUAAUGUAGGCAAUAAAUAAUGUCAUCAUUACUACUGCUGCUGCUUGGCUUAUGUCGAAUCCUUAUCAGCAAAUGUCCAUAUUUACCUUACAGUCACAUCACUGUUGGGUUUCAGGUAAAUAACUGUCUAAUAAAUAUUUCCUUUAUU